GAAGCAGUAAAUCUUUCGAGAUGACUGCUGGAAUUUUUGGCAUGCUUAAACCUGAAAUACAAAACUUUCACCAGAGGGCAACAGUACAUCUUUAACAGUUAAGGAGGUAUUUGGUUCAUCCAGUUUUUCCUCUGUGAUGCUGGUCACAGCCAGUCAUUCACGUGGUCGACUGGAUAUCAGCUAGUGGGGAAGCCAGAACAACAACCAGUACAUAAUGGCUGUCAAUAUCCCAGGAGUGAUAGUGAUGGUGCUUUUUUACUUGCUGGUUCUUGGAACUGGCAUCUGGGCUUCUUUCAAGUCCAAAAGAGAACAGAGGAAAAGUGCUGCCACUGAAAUGGAGAUGGCUUUGCUGGGAAACCGGCAAAUCAGCUGGGUGGUGGGGAUUUUCACGAUGACAGCCACGUGGGUCGGAGGAGGCUUCAUUGUCGGCAUAACUGAGAUGAUGUACACGCCAUCUAUGGGACUAACCUGGACGCUCCAGAUGUUAUUGUCAUAUAGCUCAUCUUUUAUCCUUUGUGGCUUUGUGUUUGCUAAACCGCUGAGAGAAAGAAACUGUGUGACGAUGUUGGACCCUAUCCAUAUGAAGUAUGGAAAAGUACUAGCAGCAGGACUGUGCCUUUUUUCACUUAUUAUGGAUCUGGUCUGGAUACCUACGAUACUAAUUGGUUUAGGUGCAACCAUGAGUGUGGUCCUGGAUUUGCCCUACACAGUGUGCAUCUGGAUCUCUGCUGUUGUGGUCAUCAUCUACACACUGCUGGGAGGUCUCUAUUCUGUGGCCUACACAGAUGUUGUACAGCUCAUCCUCAUAUUCAUCAGCUUGUGGAUUUGUGUGCCCUUUGUCCUGAUGAGCCCUUACUCAAUGGACAUCAGCCAGACAGUGAUGAACAACACUUUACAUGCUCCCUGGAUUGGUGCACCAGAGCUUAAAAAGGCCUGGAUAAUGGUUGAUGAUUUCUUAUUCUUGGGACUGGGGAGUCUAGGAUAUCAGUGCGUUCACCAGAGAACCUUGUCGGCUUCUUCCUUGGGCACAGCCAAGCUCUCAUGCUUGGUUGCUGCUUUCGUCUUACUUGUAUUUGGGAUACCUCCUAUACUGCUUGGGGCCGCUGUUUCAUCCACAGACUGGAACCUGACCUCCUAUGGUUCCCCAUCUCCAUAUGAACGUGGGCAAGCAGCUCAAGUCCUGCCCAUCGCCCUGCAACACCUCACUCCACCCUACAUCUCCAUUAUUGGUAUCGGAUGUGUGGCCGCCGCCGCAAUGUCGUCAGCUGACUCUGCUUUGCUUUCUGCAGCUUCUGUCUUCUCCUCCGGCAUAUACAAGAAAAUACUGAGACCUCAGGCAUCAGACAGAGAGAUUCAGUGGGUGAUCCGCGCUGCUGUGAUCAUCGCAGGCUUGGGUGGUACGUCACUCACCAACAUGAGCAACAGCAUCAUAUUGUUCUGGUUUCUUGGUGCUGAAGUGGCCUACGUCGUAAUCUUCCCCCAACUCAUCUGCGUCCUCUUCUUCAACAUCUCCAAUGGUUACGGGGCUGUUAUGGGCUGGCUGAUUGGCUCGGUGAUGAGACUGCUGAGUGGAGACAGAUCACUGGGACUACCAGUAAUCCUCCAAUUCCCAGGAUGCACUCUUGAGGAUGGUGUUUAUGUCCAAUACUCUCCAGUUAAGACCAUCUCCAUGCUGUCUGCCGUCACGGCCAUCUUGUUCUUCUCCUACCUGGCUUCUCUGCUCUUCAACAAAGGCCUGCUUCCUGAGAAGUGGGACGUGUUCAAAGUGAAAGCCCAGCGCUCAUCACAACCAGCGACACCAAUAGGUGGCGCCGCAGAACACAACAAGAAUGAAUAUUUGAAUAAAAACGACAGUCAGACUGAGGCCUCGGAGUCAAUGAUUAGUAGUCUCUGAAACAAACUCUGUUUCCUCUUUUAAAUCACUUUUAAAAAUCCACUUUUUGGUUAAUUCAUUUAUUAUUUUAUGGAACUUUAUUUAGCUUUAAUCUCUUCGUGUUUUUAUAACUAGUGCAGUGCCCAUUCAAAAUGUGCCUGUUUGGAACGGGCAAAUUGCUUAUUAUAUCUCGAGAACCACAUAUGUAUGUAUCAAUUGACAAACGUAUCAAUAGUAAUUAAUAAAUUAAAUGGUUUAAAUCCAGACAGAAAGUUCAUCAGUGAGACUAAAGUGAGGUUGAACCAUAGAGGCAGUUUACAGCCUUCCACUGGUUGAUUCUGCCGCCAAUCAAACGUGUGCACUCCUAUUGGCUAGUUUUACUGCCUCUGCCUCUGUUUUUUGCUCCUGUGUAUGCUCGUUCUUCUCUCUCGGGCAGUUCAACUGAGCGAGGUGCAUGCCUUUGUCCCACUCAUCAAGUCAGAGCCCAGAAGCCCCGUCCUGCUGUGAUGUGACAGUGUUUAUAUCAAACUUCCUUGGGUCCUCAUGUCGAGGUAUUCUGUUUUUAUUGUAAAGUGUGCUGUAACUGUUUUGAAAACUGCUAUAUAAAUAAAGUUUUUUAUUAUUAUAGACUAGU